UACAGGCACGUGGUCAAAUCCAAGCCUUUGUCCUCUGGGAGACAACUGCCAUCUGUCCCAUUCCCUGAUGGAAGUGAUGUACCACAAAGACAAGUACAAGACUAAGUCCUGUGAACGCUGGGCGAAGCCUGGACUGCAGUGCAGUUGGGGACCUCGUUGUGCCUAUCAACAUGGGGACAAUGAUCUGCCAAACGCUGCCGACAGAUACAGACAGGGCUCCGACUCGCCACCAUCUAAUAUACACCAGAGUGGUGAAACGGAGAUGAUCCUGACGAACAUGUCGGUCACCAAUGGUGCUAGAGGCCAGCUACAGAGAUCAUCAGGUAUUGCUUGGUCCUUGGGCAGCAACACCGUGACCGGAGACAAGCUCUGCCCCAACGUGAACACAUGUGCUCCCGAUGUCAUGCUUUUGACCCAGAAGUUAGAGGCCACCCAGAAGCAGCUGAGCCAAUUGGCUUCCGGCUACCGAUCACUGCACAAACGAACUGAGUGUCCCGGCUGCGACGGCUCGGCUACUCGAGAUCAGGCCUUGGCAUGCGGUCACUUCUUCUGCCGCGAGUGCACUAACAGCAAUCUCCGCUCCGAGAAAAACAAUGCGCGUGUCUCGUGUCCAGUCUGUAAUGUCGAUACGCCAUUGGGGAAGAUCUUGAAACUGACAGAAUGA